GUACGUCACUAUGUCGGCGCAUCGUCCGACCCAUGUUCGAUAUUGUAAUUCGUCUCCGCGCGCCGGCAAUUGCAUGUCAGACUAACAGUAGUUCUGACCACCCACAACCUUCCACCCUGAUACCUAUGGUUGAUCAUUGCUGUCCGCACCGAUGACCACCGGUCUGAUGCGGAGAUUUUCAAGCUCCGCCCGCACACAGCUCCCGCGAUUCACGACCACCUCGCUGACCGCCCCCCGGCUGUUAGGGCUGAAGCAGUACCAGAGGAGCAUUACAGACGUCCGGGCGCGACAAGCAUCGGUGUCGCGCAGCUGGUUCACGAGCACCACACCAUGCGCUUAUCCGGAGCUUGACGAGCACGAGCAGAGGCGCCUCAACGAGCGCAAUCUGAAGCUCGGGAACACUAUCAGAGUGCUUCGUGACAGUCUACCGAACCUCCUUAACUCGCCGCUGCCCUCGGACAUCCUCUCGCCGCAGAUCAGCCUCCAUCUGUUCCCCUCUACGCACCCUCAUCUUCCUACAGUCAGCGGAAAGCUUGCAUACACGGCCGCGCUAUGGACGGCGCCAGUGGCAUGGGGUAGAGUCCCUGUCAUUGGCAAUGUGAAGCUGAAGGUCUUAUCCGAGCGCAUGGUCAAGACCGGCUGCGGGCCCACCGCGCCAGCGCACAUGCGCAACGAGAAGCUGAUCGUCAAAUGGCAGACCUGCGGCAAGUCGGACAAGGAGAAUAGCAGACACAUCAGCGAGACGUUCGAGAGCGUCUCCAACAUCGUCCGAGCGUCGCGGCCGUCGGACGAGGAGUUCACUGGCCUGUUUGUGUUCGAGUUCGACGAAGAGGGCCGCAUCGUUCAUCACACCAUCGAACACACCGAAGAGGGCCGCAACUGGGAGAUGACCAACAAGUUCAUAAGCGUCACGGAUUGGCUACUGGGCAGAGCUUGGGGCAGGAGGGCAGAGACGCCUAGCUUGGCUUUUGUGCGCUGCGCGCGGGAGAAGAGCAUCAGACAUCCUAAGAGCCGAUGAGACGAGAAGAACACAACAAUAUACCCCGCUCCCUGGACAGGCGUCGUCCUUUUGAUCAUUCAAUACUUUGUACAUCUACGGCAGCCGCAGCGGCUAGCUUUGCUCCUCACUGUACAAAACGAGUAGUUACGAGGGAAUGGUUCUCUGUCAACGUUGACCUGUUACGCAUUAACGAAACCACUCACACCUUCUGAGUACUACCAAUAGCCGCUAUGCAGAGACCCUCAAGACUAACAGCACCUUCUGUGAUCUGGCUCAACUAUGAAGUCUUCGUUCUCUGCGCUCAAGUUACUCGCAAGACUGUUCAAGUACCAUCAGGUCUCGGAAGGUGAGGUGUGUGAUAUCCACUCGACUUCCUAGCACAGAUAUACCUAAGCAGGUCUUGACCGAUUGUUCGUGAGGCAGGAGGCAGCUCGAGCAAGCUUGCAAUCAACAUGUCUAGUCUCACGGACUUGACUUGAAGAAGACUGGGAUCCAAGGCCUCGGUUCGGUAUGAC